GACGGAAACGGCAGUCGGCUUGCUUCCACGAGCUGACGCCACCGCAUCACGACCGUAGCUCAUUCAUCACUCGCGGCGAAACCGAUCACGACCUUGGCAUUCAUCACUCGCGGCGCGCAUCACCACCGAUCGACCUUGACUCAUUCAUCACUCACGGCGAAAACCGGUCACGACCUUGGCAUUCAUCACUCAAUCACGGCUCACCGCACACCUCAUCACGGCUCACAUCACCACCGCAUCACGACCCACGACAUCACCCACCACUCACGAUACAUCGCCACGACACCACCAUGUCCUAAUGUCCGCCCGCAAGGUCAAGUUUGUGGCGUCGGAUCCCGCGCGCGGCGGCCUGCCCGUCAAGCGCAAGCAGGUGCAGCAGGCGUGCGCGUCGUGCCGCCGCAAAAAGGCAAGUCCUGUGCGCCGCCCCGAGACUCGAGCUGACCGUCGCAGAGGCGCUGCAUCCACGCCGAGGGGGAGCCCGAGGCCGACGACGACGCUCCGCCGCUGGCGAAUGCUUCCUCCACGUCGACGCCGCGGCGCGCCGACGCCUCCAAAGAUGCGUCUGACACGCGUCCCCUGGGCGACGGGCCGGCGUCCGACGCCUCGCACCCCUUUGGCGACAGACCAGUAUCCGACAUCACGCCCUUGGACGGGCCCGAACCACCCCCCAAGCCCACGCAUCGCUUCGUCGGCGACCUCAACCCCGAGGGCAUGUUCCUCGAGGCCACCACCACCACGGCCCCCCAAAAGGGCGACGUCGGCAUCUGGCUCUCGGCCGCCUCGGGCCAGCCGUCGCAGUUCAUCACGGCGCGCCCGCCCGCCGUCAUGGACCGCUUCCUGCUGCCGUUUGUGCGCGAGCACUGCCUGUCGGCGCUGCCGCCCGACGACGCCUUCUGGCGCUUCCGCGACGUCUUUGCGCAAAAGAUCCACCCCAUCUUCCCCGUGGUCCCCGAGGCCGUCCUCAACGGCCGCUUCCUCAACCCGUGCCACGUCGUCCUGCGCCAGCUCGUCUGCCUCGCCGCCGGCGCCGACCCCGACAUGGCCCCCCACCUGCGCCUCCAGAACCGCGGCGCCGCCCUCCUCUCGCCCCACGACUUCUCCCAGGCCCUCUCGUCGGCCGUCCGCGCCAUCCUCGAGACCAGCAUCAUCACCGACCGCGUCCUCCACAUCCAGGCCCUCGUCAUGCUCUCCCUCUUCACCCAGCCCACCUGCCCCGAGGAGGCCGACCUGCCCGCCCAGCUCGGCGGCCGCGCCAUCCACCACAUCCAGACCCUCGGCCUCCACCUCCUGCGCUACGACGCCCCCAACUGCGACGACCUCAACAACCUCUUUUGCGCCGUCUGGGCCCUCGACCGCCUCAACGCCGCCGUCUACGCCCGCCCCUGCCUCAUCCACGAGCGCGACAUUGGCGCGGACCUCGACGCCUGCAUCCGCAAGCGGCCCCCCUGCUUCCGCCUUUUUCUAUCUGUCGUCCAGUGGCUCGACCAGGUCGUCGAGCUCUACCGCCCCGGCCCCAGCGCCGAGGCCGGCCUCGAAAAGAUUUCCUACAUUGACCUGCCCGUCCUCGAGGCCAUGAUUGUCCACGCCGACGCCCUCGCCGUGCCCUCGCCCCUCAUCGCCACCAUCGAAACCUUUUACCACGCCGUCAUCAUCCUCUCCUGCCGCCUCCCCCGCCCCGGCACCGUCCCCGCCGCCUCCACCCUCCCGCCCCCCUCCGCCAACGCCCGCCGCUCCCUCGCCGCCGAGCGCAUCGCCUGCGCCGUCCCCCGCGACCACCUCUCCUCCGUCCCCUUUGUCCCCUACGCCGUCUCCCUCGCCCUCAGCGUCGAGUACCGCAAGAUGCGCCACAGCCGCCUCCCCAUGUUCCGCGCCCGCGCCAUGAACGCCUUUCGCCGCAACUGCGAGCUCCUCCGCCGCUUCGGCACCCACUUCUGGAGCGCCCGCGUCGUCGCGGGCCUCGGCGAGCGCGUCCUCAAGGAGAUGGAGCGCGCCGCCACCACCCUCGCCCGCGACGCCAGCCCGCCCCCCGCCCGCCCCCCCGACGACCCCACGCCCCCUACCCUCGCCAUGAACUCGGCCCUCGCCAUGGACAACUCCGUCGACUUUUCCCUCAUCGACGCCGUCUCCGGCCAGGACGUCUUUGGCCACAUCGACCCCAGCUUCGAUCUCGAUGCCGUCGAGGACGCCCUCGAGGCAAAUCUCGACAUUGGCCUGCCCCUGAACUGGGGCGACUGGGGGCAGUUUGCGGCCUGACUAUUGGGCCGUGCUGUAUAUUACUAGUCACUUUAAUCAUAUCUUGGUCGUGC